UUUCUCCUAGCAGAAGAACUCCCAAUUCCUGCUGCUUUGUAUCCACUCAAUGGUCUACACGGGACACGUGACAUCAGCCCUAACAAAAACCCACCUGGAAUACCAAACGGCGCACGCUUUGCACCAGGUCCCUUUGGAAAUCCUCAAGGUUCGUACAGGUUUUCUGGUAGCUUUUCCAGUUACAUCGAGAUACCCAACAAUGGUGGCCUGGACACGAGAUGCUCAAUAACAAUUCUUGCCUGGAUCAACCGCGAAAACGAAAAUGGGCCGAUAGUAAACUACGGGACAGAUGUCUGGGGAUUUCACUUCUGGAUUGUAAAUGGAGGGUUGUAUGCUCGACCUUCUAAACGCGCUCUCGAAAGUUUACAAUGUGCUGAUACGCCCUAUAAACUUUCGAAAAACUGGCACUACGUUGGUACCUCAUAUAAUUUUUCGUCUGGCAUCGUAAGGCUUUGGAUAAACGGAUCUGAGGUGGCUCAGGCAACAUCUGGAAGCGAAGAACAAAGUACCCAGUACAAUGUACGGAUGGGAGCUAAAGACAGCACCACAGACCCAAGGUACUUAAAAGGUCGCAUCUGCUGUCUUCAGAUUUACAACAAAUCACUCAGUCAACAGGAAAUCAUCGCUGUCCAGAACAGAACUUUGAACACAUGUGAGUUCGGCGUUAGCGGCUUAAGCCUAUCAUGAUUACUAGUUUUUCUUAAUCCCUUAAGGUGCCUCUGGUAAUACUGUAAGCCAAAAGGCUUUUUCAGACUGGGCUGCAACGUUUUGGAACCAAAUUUCCGAUCCUUGGUGCCACUUUAUUUUGCAAAAAUACUUCCUGAUCCACUCGUUUUUUCUGUAAAUUUCCUUUUUAAUGGAGAAGUACCAAACAGACUUUCUUUUGAGUUAAGGGGGUCUAAAAUGAAACAAUUGACAGGAAAUCAAUGUGUAAAGCAAAACGAGUUCUGUAACUUGCAGGACGCUACCUAGCCGGAACUAAGCUCAGCUGUAAGCUUGUUUAAAAGAAGUCCGAAAAGGAUGAUACCAGGGGAGAGACAACUCGGUGGAGCUCAAGUGCAGUAUAUCAUCAUCAUCAUCAUUAUAUUAUUAGUCUUUUAGUUGCUUGGUAGUAUUGGUAGUAGCAACCGCAGCAGUUCGCAGCAGCAUCAGCAGUAGGGAAGUAGUAGUUAUAGUUUGUUUUAGACCGAUAAAAUAACAUUAUAAACGGUCGUUUUUGUUGUUUCUAAAUUUAUAGAUCAAGAAGAUUCCAUAUUCAUCUUUGGCCAUUUUGAAACUGUCACGGCGUCCGGACAACAGCAACAAGACGACCUAAUUGUCACAUACAAAGCCUCCACAGUGAUGGAAUGUUUGUUAUACUGUUCUCGUUUGACUGAGUGCAAGUCUGCUGCUAUUGAAAAAAGAAGCAUUGGCCAAAGGUCUCGAGGCUACUGUCAACUUAACAGGGUACCAUUCUUAGUGAGUCUGGAUACCACUGGACAUUCUACAGACAAAGAGUAUUACAAUAAGAGAAAGCUGAUGUGA